AUGACUAAUGUACGAAUAAAGGUACGAAAAUCGGGGCCAGCAUUUACUUUAUCGGUGGAGAUUCCAAAUUACAAAGUAAUUGCCAUCGAUCUAGUCCCCGUCUUGGCAUUUCAUAAUCAGCCACCGAACUGUAAAACAUUACAUUUGAAAAAAAUCAAAUUAAAACAUUUACUCGAAACACGGGUACAAAAGUUUCCUAAUAGAUAUUGGUUUGCUGUACCUAAACCUUUGAACAACGAUAGAGGCUAUUUUGGCGUUGAAGAAUAUCGUUAUUGGCGUAUGUCUUUUUAUGAAUACGAAAAAGAUAUACUCUCUUGCAAUGGACGUGCCAAGCCCAUAAUACGGCACUUAAAGAAAUUUAGGGACACUCAACAAUGGAAGAGUAUCUCAAGCUAUUAUAUCGAAACAUUGUGUUUACAAGAGUUGGACAUCUUUCAAAAUUCCGAUAGAGUAUCAUGUACUUCUUUAUUUUUUACGAUGUUGGAGAAACUUUCUAUUGUUUUUCAUGAUCGAAAACUAAACUCCUACUGGACCAAUAAUUUGAAUUUAUUAGAUAAUAUCAGUGAUGCGGAAUUUCAAAAUAUGGAAGGAAGAUUAAAUAAUAUCAUAAAAGAUAUAAAACGAAAUAUCAGAGAUGAUCCAUACGUAAUAGCUCGACAUGUUUUAAAUAACGCAGAAUUUGACAUGUUACACAUUCAAGAGUCAGAACCAGAAUCUGAAUCUUCGAAUCAAAGCAGAUGCGUGAUUAUCUAAUUCGAGGAAGAAGUUAAUACUGAUGAUGCAGCGUAUCAUUGCGAGACUUCGGCUUUAGUUUAAAUGCUUAUGUGACAAACUGAAAUCUUUGUAUUUGUAAUGAUGCGUUUCAAAAUAAUCAAUUUCUCUGUAAUGCAAAAA